CAAGGAUUAGUAAAACGUAAACUUGGAUAAUACUGGGAUUUAGUAAGGAGGAAGAAAUUAUAUCACGUCAAAGUAAAACUGGUGAAGCUGACACGGGAGGGCAGGGACGAGAAGAGACAUCUCUGCCACUGCCAGCAGCAAUAUUGUCAAGUAUCUGGCAUUGAGACGACCACCCCAUCACGCCGUCAAAACACACCUAUCCCAUUGAGAGAGGGAAAAAGUACAACCCAUUAACGCCGUCAAUCUCAACGUCCACUACAGUCUGCCCGGUACCUGUACGAAAUAUACAAGGCGCGCCCUAGUCCACACAGAGACUUAACCAUCCGUCUAGCACCGUGAAUUGAGUAGGGUACUGUGGGGCCCGCAACCCAAACUGCCCGGUCUUACUUGACAGACGGACGGACAGACAGACAGACCCCUAUAGCUAUGCUUGCUAUAGGACAUGAAAUUAGAAUCGUCUCUCCCUCAUGCAAGAUGCAACUCGCUUUCUCCCACUCUCAUCACUUCCCAGUUUUUCCAUUUGUUUAUCCAUUAUUAUAAUUAUUAUUCAACUUUGACGCUGAUACUUCUUCGAUUCUCCUCCCAAUUUCCCAAAGGCCAAACCACCAAACCCAAUCCCACCACCAUAUUAUUGCAUUGUGCUCAACUUCGCAUAUAUACAAGUAACGCUAUCUGCAGAAGCACAAAGAACGAAAUAAGGAACCAACAUCACCAUUAAUUAAAGAUGGUAAGCUCCAGUUGCUGCCAGAUUCUCACCAUUUGCUUUAUGAUUUUCCUUUUCUGCUCACCGUGCGGCGGAUACGGUGACCUUCACGCACUGUUGAAACUCAAGUCCGCCAUGAUUGGACCCAAAGGUUCAGGCCUCGAGGACUGGAACACUUCGUCCUUGUCUCCCUCAUUUCACUGCUCCUUCUCCGGAGUUUUGUGCGACAGCGACUCCCGAGUGGUUGCUCUCAACGUCUCCAAUCAGCCUCUGUUAGGCACUCUUCCGCCGGAGAUUGGGCUCCUCAACAAGCUCGUCAACCUCACUAUCGCCGGGGACAACAUCACAGGGAGGCUUCCAAUGCAGAUGGCCAACCUCACCGCUCUCAGGCACUUGAACAUCUCCAACAACGUCUUCAGGGGCAGAUUCCCAGGCAAUAUCACGCUCCAAAUGACGGAGCUCCAAGUUCUCGACGCCUACAACAACAACUUCACGGGCACACUUCCUCUGGAGAUCGUCAAUCUCAAAAAUCUCAAACAUCUCCAACUAGGCGGGAACUACUUCACCGGCAACAUCCCCGAGACUUACUCGGAGAUGCAGAGCUUGGAGUAUUUAGGCCUCAACGGCAACUGGCUCACCGGAAAGUUCCCGGCGAGCUUGGCUCGUUUGAAAAAUCUCAAGGAAAUGUACGUCGGCUACUAUAACAGUUACGACGGCGGAAUUCCACCGGAGUUGGGAUCGUUGAGCUCUCUGCAGGUCCUAGACAUGGCCAGCUGUAACCUCAGCGGCACCAUACCCACCAAUCUCAGCUUUUUGAAGAAUUUGAACUCUCUGUUUCUACAGAUAAAUCGUCUCAGCGGCGGCAUACCUCCGGAACUAUCUGGCUUGGUCAGCCUCAUGUCUUUGGAUCUCUCCAUCAACGAUCUCACCGGAGAGAUACCCCAGAGCUUCUCAGAGCUCAAGAACAUCACGCUUAUCAAUUUGUACAAGAACAAUCUCUACGGCGCAAUUCCUAGGUUCGUUGGUGAUUUUCCUCAUCUGGAGGUGCUUCAGGUUUGGGAGAACAACUUUACGUUCGAGCUGCCGGAGAAUCUCGGCCGGAACGGAAGGCUCAAGGACAUCGAUAUCACCGGAAACCACAUCACCGGGUUUAUUCCUCGGGAUUUGUGCGAAGGAGGGCAGUUGAAGACGGCGAUUCUGAUGGAUAACCACUUCUUCGGGCCCAUUCCUGAGGAACUCGGCCGGUGCAAAUCGCUCGUCAAAAUUCGAAUGAUGAAAAACACUCUCACUGGAACUAUUCCUGCUGGCAUUUUCAGUUUGCCUAAUGUAAGUAUGAUCGAGCUCAAUGAUAACUACUUGUCUGGCCAACUUCCAGAGCAAAUGUCUGCAGGCUUACUUGGAAUUCUCACUCUUUCUCGGAAUCGGAUUUCCGGGAAAAUCCCGCCGGCGAUUGGAAAUCUCAAGAGUUUGCAAACUCUUUCCCUGGAGAUGAACAGAUUUUCCGGUGAAAUUCCGACGGAGAUAUUUGAUCUGAAGUCGUUGUCGAAGAUCAACAUCAGCGCCAACAACCUCAGCAGUGAAAUUCCGGCAUCAAUUUCUCAGUGUUCCUCUCUAGCCUUCGCUGAUCUUAGUCAAAACAAUCUGAUUGGGGAAAUUCCGAGAGGCAUCUCCAAGCUGAGAGUCCUGAGCAUUCUCAAUUUGUCUAGCAACCAACUCACGGGCGAAAUUCCCAAUGAAAUUCGCAAUAUGACCAGCCUCACAACGCUCGAUCUCUCCGAUAACAACUUCAUCGGCAAACUCCCAACCGGCGGUCAGUUUAUGGUCUUCAACGACACGUCGUUUGCUGGAAACCCGUAUCUCUGUUCCCCGCAGCGCCACGUCCAGUGCCCAUCGUUUCCACACCACAAGGCGUUUGGUUCGUCCAGGAUCGCUCUUAUCGUAAUUGGACUCGCUACGGUUCUGCUAUUCUUGUUUAUCACCGUGUAUAGAAUGAGAAGGAGAGAGAUGCAGAAAUCUAGGGCUUGGAGGCUCACCGCCUUCCAACGGCUCGAUUUCAAAGCCGAGGACGUGCUGGAGUGUUUGAAGGAAGAGAACAUCAUAGGCAAAGGCGGUGCUGGGAUUGUGUACCGGUCCAUGCCAGACCUCGUUGACGUGGCAAUCAAACGGCUAGUGGGGCGGGGCACCGGACGUAACUGUAACGAUCACGGUUUUUCGGCGGAAAUAAAAACGCUGGGACGAAUCAGGCACCGAAAUAUCGUGAGGCUGUUGGGGUACGUGUCGAACAAGGACACGAAUUUGCUGUUGUACGAGUACAUGCCAAAUGGGAGCCUGGGGGAGUUGUUGCAUGGGUCAAAGGGAGGGCAUUUGCAGUGGGAUAGGAGGUACAGGAUCGCUGUGGAGGCAGCCAAGGGAUUGUGUUACCUCCACCAUGACUGCUCACCUCUGAUUAUACACAGGGAUGUCAAGUCCAAUAACAUCUUGUUGGACUCUGACUUGGAGGCCCAUGUUGCCGAUUUUGGGCUCGCUAAGUUCUUGCAAGAUGCUGGUGCUUCCGAGUGCAUGUCUUCCAUUGCUGGUUCCUAUGGCUACAUAGCCCCAGAGUACGCUUACACACUGAAAGUGGACGAGAAAAGCGACGUGUACAGCUUUGGUGUGGUUCUGUUAGAGCUAAUAGCCGGGAGGAAGCCGGUGGGUGAAUUCGGAGACGGGGUGGACAUAGUAAGGUGGGUGAGGAAAACAACAUCAGAACUGUCUCAGCCGUCGGAUGCAGCAUCAGUACUGGCAGUGGUGGAUGCAAGGCUGUGUGGGUACCCACUGGCAGGGGUGAUACACUUGUUCAAGAUUGCCAUGAUGUGCGUGGAGGAUGAGAGCUCCGCGAGACCUACAAUGAGGGAAGUGGUUCACAUGCUCACUAAUCCUCCACGCUCUGCUCCAAGCCUUCCCAACCUGUAGCGCCUACUAAUAUUUUUGAGUAAAUAAAAUCGCAGCAUCCCCACCAAGUUCAAAUAAUUUAGUGCUAAGAGUUCGUGAGUGCAUAACAAAGUAGUUGCCAAUGUCAUUGCCACGGUAUAGUAGGAGAAGGGUUCAAAUAUAUUAUUGCUUUUCACUGAAAUGGAUCCAUUUUCCUUUUUGUCACUGUAAAUAUAUGUCUCGUCUUUUCUUCUUCUUCAUGUAACUUUAUAGUGUAAUGUAAUAUGAUGCUUCGGUUCUUUGGUUACUUAUUCUUCUCAUCUAACUUGUAAUGACUCUUGAAGAAGAUAAUAAAUCACAUUGGACUA